GUGGCGUAGGCCGGUAACACUCUAGAGGAGUUUUUGCCCCUCAAGGGAAGCCACAUUGGGAUGAGCUCUGCUGGAGACAAAGAGCGCACUGCUGCGAGCGAAGAACAGAUCCACCCGCCGGUGCAGGAGGGCCGUGAUGCGGAGCUUGCAGGUUUGCAACUGCAGGUUUCGCGAUUGGCGGCCCUGGUGGAGGAGUCGAUCAAGAAGAAGGAGCCUGGCAGCGUCGUGGCGGAUGCGCCCAGUAGUGGCGGCUGGGUUGCCGCCACCGAAGGCCAACAAGAAGCGCCCAUGCAGCCGCUCGGUGGUGGCGGGGGAUUUCUCCAGCAGCAAGCGAGAGAUGGUGGGUAAGGACCACGGCAGCUGCUGGAAGGCGGCUGGGCCAGCAGAUCGGGAGCGAACCCUGUUGGACCAGCCGGAGUGGGCCCGGGCAUAGGACCGGACUACGGGGAAGCGAGGGGGUUAAACCCCCCAGGUGAGAUACCCGUGAUUCGAGGAA